ACAGGACCCACAGUGGCAGAGUGACAGUGGAGACUUUACCUGCUCUUUGCUGGGAAUCUUGGGUGUCAGAGCAAGAUGCUAAGAUUCCCAGUGCUGGGCAGGAGGCUUUGGGUGCCCUGGGAAGGGCCUUUAAGGGGCCUCCACCUGCCUCCACAGCUGGCACACACAUGCUCACACGGCCCCUGCACACUAGGGGACAGGAACGUUGCCGUGCACCCCCUCUGGAAGGGUCCAGUCCCCGUGCCAGGGGGCAGCCGCCAGUCACCCAUCAACAUCUGCCGUGAAGACAGUGUGUAUGAUCCAUGUCUGCCACCUCUCAGGGUGGCCUACGAUGCGGCCAGCUGCAAGCACAUCUGGAACACAGGUUACUUCUUCCAGGUGGAGUUCGAUGACUCUGCCAAGGGGUCAGGGGUGAGUGGGGGGCCCCUGCGGAACCAGUACCGGCUCAGGCAGCUGCACUUCCACUGGGGAGCAGGUGACGAGUGUGGGUCCGAGCACACGGUGGAUGAGAGCGUGUACCCGGCUGAGCUACAUGUGGUACACUGGAAUGCUGAGAAAUACCAGAGUUACCAGGAGGCAUCGGGCAGUCCUGAGGGUCUGGCGGUGCUGGCUGUGUUCCUCAAGCUAGGGGCUCCACACCAGGCACUGCAGACGCUGGUGGACAUCCUCCCGGCCAUCAGGCACAAGAAUGCGCGGGCAGCGCUGGGCUCCUUCCAGCCGACCAUGCUGCUGCCAGCCUGCCCUGACUACUGGACAUACCCAGGCUCCCUCACUACGCCGCCCUUAAGCGAAUCAGUCACCUGGAUCGUUCACAAGAUGCCCAUUGAAGUGGCACCAGCCCAGUUGGCUGCCUUCCGUGCACUCCUGCUGUCCCUUCCGGGUGAGGAUGAGCGGCCGAUGGCCAACAACUUCCGGCCCGUGCAGCCACUCCUGGGCAGGAGGGUCCGUGCCUCCUUCCAGGGUAUGCCAGGGGGCACCUGGGCCUGAACUCACCUGAUGCCUGAAACUUGGGGACAUGGGAAGACACAUAUACCCCCCCCCCCAUGCUGGGUCUGUUAAGCUAGUUACAUGAGGCCCUGAACAUAACAGGAAAUGGGCUUGUGGUCAUUGUCUAGGGGUCCUUGGUCUUGGGGUCCCCUUCUUGGGGUUCCUUUCUCAGGGUUCCCAUCUCAGGGUUCCCAUCUCAG